GUCUUCAGAGGAGCAUCUUGGCCAUGCCUAUCACCUGCUGAUGACGCGGCUCAACGAGGAGCACGCCGAGAUGCGCUUCUCGGCUUUCCAGAUCGUGCAGGAGUUGUUUGACCGAUCCCAUCAAUUCCGGACGCUAAUUAUUUCCAACUUCCAAGAGUUCUUGGAGCUCACGGUGGGGAUAGACCAUGACCAGCCUCUUCCCCCACCCAAAGAGGUGGCACAGAAACUGAGGAAAGCAGCCAUUAAGUCAGUGCAAGACUGGCAUGAGAAGUACGGAGAGGCCUACAAGAAACUUUCUCUGGGAUACAACUUCCUAAAGCAGAAUAAGAAGGUGGAUUUUCAAGAUGUGCGUGCCAGAACUGUGGCUGAAAGGAGGAGGGAGGAGGAGAAGCAAAAACGGUUGGAUAACAUUUACAAAGAAAAAGCCAAAAGAGCUGAAAAAGAAAUGGAAGAAAUGUCCCAAGAGAUUACCAGCACAGUGACAGAGAUGGAAAACUGUUUCCAGCUUCUGAUGCCAGAUCCUUUCGACUUCGAUGUGAAUGACACGGAACUGGAACCCAACAAACCAAUGUCUGCUACUGAGGAUAGACCCGCAACCGCCUUGUCCUCCCAGGUGGAAGUUAACCAGUCCUGUGUUGGAUGCGUGGAUGAUGAACAGCCAUGCUGCAGCAAGGAUGUUCUUCCAGUUUCUCAGUGUGUUAGAACGGAUAAAAUCAAAGAGAUAGAUGAGAAACAGAAGCCUGAGCAAAAAGAAUUAGAUGGAGGCGCAUGCGCAGAAGUUCCAUCUGGUGUCCCUUCUCUCAACGAUGAUGAUGAUUACCAGACUUUUAUUAGGAACCAUGGGCUUAUUUCACAUAAAUAUACUCUAGACCUUGAAAUCUCCACAGAUAUAAAAGUGCAUGAGAAUGAAGAUAAUACUGCCAUAAUAAACAGUGUCAUGGAUUCUCACAGACUUCUCAGAAAUAAGUUCUGGCCUUCUGUGCAGUCCUGGAUUCAGUUAUUUACCAGAGCAGGAAUAAAUGAUGAUCGGCUAAGAUGUGCCAUUGAUCUCAAGAAUAAAUUGGAGACUGUUAUGAAGAAAUACAAGGAAAUGAAUAUUUCCUUUAAAGAGAGAAGAAGAAAAGUG